UUGAAGCUUCGUGAUGGCUCAUUGCCGUUUAGCCCCGGUUUUCUCAUCAUGGAAACCAAUCUAGGUUGGAGAUAUCGGACAUGUAACACCACGGCUUACGCUGGCGAACUAUGUGGCUUGAUCGUCGAAACUGACCGACGAUCCAUAUGAAUAUAUCUAGAAAAUGUGCUGGCCAGUUGAGCUUCACUGCCUGGGUUCCCUUACUUACCUACCUAACCUACGGUAUGUACCUAGGUAGGUAGACGAAUCUAUACGAGUAGGUAGGAGGCGUCCAAAUUAUAGACAUGUCUAAGGAAUUAAACCCUGGCGGGCCUAGCGUUGAGGGGAUCCACUGAGUGAUUUUUGUUCAAUCAAAUUAUAUCUUAUAUUGUGUCGAGUCUUAUGUCUCUCUCUCGAGUGUCUACCCCAUCUUAAGCAGACCACCUGACCUGGCAAAGUUUGCCCAUACGAGAUGGCAUCUUCACUAGAAAUCCUAGAGACUCGGGUGACCGGUAACGUCUUAGAGCCUGACGCAAGAAAUGCCACCGAGGAAGACAUCACCGUCAUCACACAACCCCCUGAAGAAGCCGUGGAAGCAUUUCCCGAAGGUGGUUAUGGGUGGACGGUUAUCCUGGCCUGUUUCGUCGAAACAUUCUGGGUCAACGGCUGGAGCGGGGCGUGGGGCGUGCUGCAAAUGGCUCUUCAAGACACGCUCCACCAAACGCCCGCCAGCACCCUCUCCUUCAUCGGGUCACUUGGCCUCGGCCUCUGUGUAGGGCUGGGCCUUAUCUGCGUGCGGAUAUCGCAACGCAUUGGCGCCCGAUGGAGUAUGUUGCUUGGUGUCCUGCUCUUCGGCAUCGGCAACGUGCUGAGCGGCUCCACCGUAGACAACGUGGGCGGGUUGUUCGUCGCGGCCGGCGUCUCCUACGGCUUCGGGUCCAGCUUGAUGUACACGAUGUCCAAUAACCUACCGAUGCAGUGGUUCGCGCGCCGCCUGGGCACCGCCAACGGCAUCGUGAAACUCGGCGGCGGCCUAGGUGCCACGGUGAUGUCGGUCGUGCUGCAGCUACUCGUCGACAAGGUGGGCAUCGCGUGGACGUUCCGGAUCAUGGGCGGCAUGUCGCUGGUCACCGGCGUGCCAGCUGCCUUGCUGAUCAAAGAGCGGGGUAUCCCGUCCAGGAACGCGCCUGCGAUGGACUUCUCCUUGUUUAGGAGCAUGCCGUUCUGCCUUUUGUUCCUGGCUGGGGCUAUAGGGACGUUCGCGCUCUUCGUCCCUCCUUUCUUCCUGCCGCUCCUCGCCAACUCGAUUGGGCUGUCGGCGACCACCGGCGCACUUAUCCUGGCGGCUUUCAACUCGUGCGCCGCCAUCGGCCGGUUGGGCUCAGGCGUCGCGUGUGACAAGCUUGGCCCAGUGAAUAUGCUGCUGCUGGCCAUGGCGCUCAACACUGCUAGCAUGCUCGCCAUCUGGCCCGUCUCAGAUACUCUCGCCCCACUUGUCGUCUUCUCGGUCGUGAAUGGUAUUUCCAACGGCGCAUUCUUCGUCACGCUGCCUACAGCCAUUGGCAAGAUGCUCGGUCCCGACCAGGCUGCCGUGGGUUUGGGCAUGGCGAUUACGGGUUGGACCGGGGGAUACCUCAUGGGUAGCCCCAUUGCCGGGUUCUUGAUCGCGGCGACGGGCGCCGAGGACUCCCGGUCCAUUGUUCCGUACCGGGCUGCCAUCUUUUAUUCUGGUGGAAUGGCACUGGCGUCAAUGAUAUUUGUUAUGAUAGCACGGCUAGGGAUGGAUGCUAAGCUUUACAAGAAGCUAUAAAGGGGACCCCCCCUAAUCCAACUAUUU